AUUAUUGUUUAAGCUUUUUUAGCAAGUGAAUUGAUAAUUUAAAAAUAUAUUUUCCCACUAUAUGCCAUCAGACAAAUAGAUAAAAACCCUUGGCAGCGUAAGGGUUAAUUAUGAGGCAGGUGGCCAGGGCAGCCAGACACUAGCAAGACUCAAUCCUAUGAAGAUGGGACCUGUUAAAUCACUGGUGGGCAUUGGUUGGAGGACAGAUCACACGCUAUGCAAAAAAAGCUACAUUUUAACAUUGGGCAUUUAUAAACUCAGGACAAAAUUUAGAAACUAUUUAGCACAGGUGUUUUUUGGGCGGUUGUAGAUGCCUAACAGAUUUUGGGGGUCAAAUUUAGAAAAAGUGUGAGGUUUUUUUACAUUUUUUUUCAUCAUAUUUUAUAAUUUUUUUAUAGUAAAUUAUACGAUAUGAUGAAAAUAAUGGUAUAUUUAGAAAGACCGUUUAAUGGCAAAAAAAUAUAUAUAAUAUGUGUGGGUACAGUAAAUGAAUAAGAGGAAAAUUACAGCUAAACACAAACACAGCAGAAAUGUAAAAAGAGCCCUGGUCCUUAACGGUAAGAACAUUGAAAAACAAUCUGUUCACUAAGGCGUUAAGUUAACGUUGUUUUGGUGCUUAGGGUAUCCCUUCAGUCUUGCAACAUUGAGGCUGAUAGGUCGAUAACACAAGGUUAAUGGCAAAAAAAAGAAAGCUGAUGCCUUCAUGAGUUAGUUAUAUUUCACAGGCUGAAGGUUAAGGAUAGCCAAAUGCAUUGAUCAAUCUAAUAAGUGACAGAGUAAUUAACAUGUAAUUUUCCUUAUGGACUUUGCAAUGUGUAUUCAUUUGUUUAAAGGACCACUAUAAUGCCCCCACCGUCAGGGUCCGACUCCCGCCGGGCUGAAGGGGGAGGAAGGGGGUUAAACACUCACCUUUCUCCAGCGCCGGGCUCCCUCGGCGCUGGGGACUCUUCUCCUCCUUCGGUCGUCAUCGGAAUUCUCAAUGUUUUCCUAUGGACGCUGGCGUCUUCUCACUGAAAAUCACAGUGAGAAGCGCCUCUAGCGGCUGUCAAUGAGAUGGCCACUAGAGGCUGGAUUAACCCAUUUGUAAAGAUAGCAGUUUCCCUGAAACUAUGUUUACAGCAGGCAGGGUUAACCCUAGAUGGACCUGGCACCCAGACCACUUCAUUGAGCUGAAGUGGUCUGGGUGUCUAUAGUGGUCCUUUAAGGGAGUUCAAAAAAAUGUUUGCACAUGUGUAAUUGUUAGGUUGUUGAUUUUGAUAUGCUCUAUUGUGGUUAGAGUGCGUAUUUGUCUUUUAAUUCAUACAACUUAUCAGCCCUUUCACUACCUAGCACUUUUUGAUAGAAAACAUGUUAGCAUAAUAUUUAUUUGCAGCAAGGGAUGCACAGCUAACAUAUAUAACACCACCAUUAUAUGUACUGAUUGCUUUGCACAAAAACCUUAACAUUUAAAUUGCGGAAUUUACACACAUUUUUUUUUUCCAUGUAUUUGUAAAUUUGGAAAAUUAAAAACUUUAGACAGUAUAAGUAUUAAAAUGUCUGCAUUUUAGCAUAAUUCCCACAUACAGGAAAUACAGUUAAAUUAUAUUUCUAAAAUAAAGAUACCAUAUUUAAACCUGCUAUAGCAAUCUUUUGUCAAUCUCUGGAAAGCUAAUGUAAUGCUGACUGUGAAAUGGUAAAGUCCAUUCACUCCUCCCAUCCCUGAUAUUUCCUUAACUGUGUGGAAAUAGGGGGUAAAUUCACAUUUUCAGCAAGCUUCCAGGAAUUAUACCAGUGACUAAUUGUUUCUGGCAGAGAAAUUAGUUUCUCUAUAGACUGGUAAAAAAUCCUAGAGUGGGGCAUGGUGGAGAGACGUGUAUUGAUAAAGCUCCUCUCCUAUACUGACUAAUAAGCAGACUUCUUCCUAACCCAGCUUGAUUUGGGUCGAAUCCAGGGCUUUACCUGCUUCUUGACCCAGCUGAGAAUCCCUGCAGGGCUCAAAGAUUCGACGUGAGCUCAUUUGUGGCACGUUUUGGACCAUGCGGCCUAAGUCACACCAGGCGGGAAAAUCGGCCGAUCUCCCGGACUGAGGCUAUAUGACGGCAAUUAAUCAAGAACAGAUGCCCCGUUUCCAGUGGGGGUGAUCCCGGUCCAUCCCUGGGAGGCUGCCCUGACAGAACAUGACCAUAGUGGUGAAACCAUAUCAGCUACUGCAAAAUCAGACUACUCACCUAAGAUGGCGGUUGCUGCGAGGAUCUCCAGCAACACAGGAGAAAGGCAAGAUAUCUUGUCCAGACUGGACAGAAUCUUUGAAGAUUUCUGGCGGAGAGUGGAGAGCAGGAUGCAGAACCCUCCCUCAAGACAGCCGGGAAACUACAACACACCACAGCCAAUACAUACCCAGCAGCAGCCUGUGGCGCCAGCAGUGCACAAGACCGCAACAUGGCAGCGAACCAUGAAGAGCUUAUUGAUCCAGCGCAGGAAAGCAAGCAAGAGGGAUGCGCCCCAGUCCAAGACAGAGACUCUUCAACUGUCUGAGGUGCCAGGAGUAACCCUGAUCUGGUCAUAUGGAACAACCUGCUGGUACACACUGAGGCUCGUAGGACCGUCAUUGCUCUUAAAGCCUCAGGACUCUGCAAUGACCCUAGCCGGCAUAGGCUGAUACAGGUGCCAGGGCUGCACAAAGAAGAGCUAUUGCCCUUCAUCUUACCCUUACACCAAGGGGUAAUUUCUGUGACACUGCUCUCAAUCAUCCUUUCUCUAGUCUCUUGUAUCACCUCUGGCCUACUCUUUACAACAUGCAAUCAGCUUUCCUGUUAAUAUUCAUGUUGAUGUAUGCUUGUCUCUAUCUUUUAACCUUAAGAAUGUCUGUGUCUUAGUUAUACUAUAUGUCGACUAACUAUAUACAGUAAUUUGCUUAGACAUGUAAAACUUAACUAGAUUACUAAUCUAUUAAAAAAAUUGUGCUAACUUACUCUGAUUGCCAUGCUACUCUCUUAUAUUGCAUGUUAUUACUUUGCUUAUCAUUGCUGUCAUGGCAUCAUACGCUUGUUUUGUUAUCUAUGGCACAGCAAAAAUAAAAGAAUAAAAAUAAAAUAAUAAAAAAAAGCAACCUAAAGUAUAAAUAAGGACGAUUGAGCCUUUAUGCAUUACAUUUCAUUCUUAUUAAAGAAACACUCUAGGCACCCAGACCACUUCAGCUUUCCUAUGAGACCGGCUGAAUGCGCGCAGCUCUUGCCGCGCGUGCGCAUUCAGCCGAAAGGGAGGAGAGGAGGAGGAGAGCUCCCCGCCCGGCGCUGGAAAAAAGGUAAGUUUUAACCCCUUCCUCUCCCCAGAGCUGGGCGGGGGGGGGACCCUGAGGGUGGGGGCACCCUCAGGGCACUAUAGUGCCAGGAAAACGAGUAUGUUUUCCUGGCACUAUAGUGGUCCUUUAAUACAUGAAAAUAAAAAAGCUUAUACUAAAUUCUAGUAGUGAAAUCAUGAUGGUUUUACAUUUCGUCAAAUUAGGUGAAGGAAUUGGUGGUGUUUGCUCAUGCUAAUACUUAGAAAUGUUUCAGGUGUGAUAUGUUAAAAAAUUAUUUUUAGUGAAUAUUCAAGUCAUUUGUGUUGUUGAAUUCAUGAAGUAUCCAGUAGUACAAUAUGACAACUCUUCUUUGGAGUGUUCCUUUAAAUGGCAGCCAAUAAAAGAACAACACUCUAUUUUUAUUGUUUUUGUAUUUUUAAAGUCAAAACUGAAAUAGUAUAGUAAUAAUACUUUUCUAUCUUUUCUACAUAUCCAUAUCCAUAUAUAUAUAUAUUUAUUAAUGCUUGCAAAAUUCCGUAGUGUUGGGGAAUAUUCCAUCCCAAUAUACUAUGUAAAUAAAUGGGACAUUUGGAUGCGUAGACACAUAGUACAGACUACAAGCGUCUAGAAAGGGAUCACACAAAAUAAUGGCAAUAAACUUAUCAUAUAUUAUUUAUUUCUUGUGUAGGACAAACAUCUACAGAACAGAGAACUGACAGGCCUGCAUUUCCUGGGACAGAAUUUACAUACAAUCAGCCUUUCCAGGUAAUGUUUGUCCAAUAUAAAAUUGGUAGCAACAUUUAUUGUUGCAGUUACAAGUUACUUUUUUUUUUUUCUUCUUCUUUUUUUGGUGGGUGUUUGAUUAGCUGGGUAUUUGCUGUGGCCUCUCCGAAUUAAAAUGGAAUCUAAGAAAGGUCAUGGGAUAAUGGAAGAGUAUGUGUUACAAAUGAGCAGUGCCUCUGAGUUUCUCAGAGCAUGAAAUAUUCACGCAAUCCCUAUGUCUGUCUGAAAGCCUCUUCUAAUUCUGUUCCACGUUGAAUAUUCUGCCCAUCACAUUACAUCUAUUAUGUGCUUUGCAGAGAAGGCUGCUGAAAUGUGCUCUACACUUUCUACAUACUUUGAAAGUAUAAUCGUGCACAAAAUACUUUUUUUUUUAUUAUUAAAGCUAGUGAUUAGCAUUUUUGUAUCUUUUUGUAUUCAGUGUUUCCUGUUUUAUUCUUUGUGUUAACAAUGCAUUUUUUUACUUUUUUUUUUUUUUUUUUAACUGCCAAAUUAUACUCCAGUUCUUAAGUGUUUUGCAUGAUAAUGGUGAUAUGAAUCACUCUUAAUCUUAUUAUAGCGACAAUUGGCUGUCAAAAGUACAUUACGUUUUUAUGGCAUGUGUACAAGUUCCUGAUAAGGUUCAGUUUGAACAGUUUAAUAAUUUAACACAUUAAAGAGAAUUUAUCAUUAACCCAUGCUGUUAUGUAUAGAUUUUUUCUUUCUUUCUUUUAAUGCAUUAUUGACAUAGGUAGGUUAUUUAUAACAAGUUAAAAGGCACUUGUCAUGCCAGGAACAACUUAUGCUCUUUUCAAAGAGCAUUUAUUUUUACCUCUACAUUGUCUUAGCUGUUUUGCUAGCAAAUGUAUAAAUUGCAAGAAAAGUGGUUUAAAAAAACAAGCCUUUCUCCCACUUUUCAAUGAAUUCAGCAUAGACGUCUAUGCCGGAGAAUUGAUUGAUAAGGGAGUACAGAAAAGACCUCCCACAGGCAUUCCUUCUGUUCUUCACAAAUAGCAGCCACAGCAGUAAAUCACUAGCCAACAUAAGGGGUAUCCUUAAGCAGAUUUUAUUUUACAAGGUAGAGUAUCAAUUCGGCUCUGCUAUGGGGUUUUUAUCAAGCUUGAAUACAGAGUACAUUUCACAUAAACAAAAUAGAGCACUCACUGAUCAAUGGAGUCGGAGGGUGCACUUUGGGGGGGGAGAGAUAGAAGUGACAUUGAGCGAACUGACGUCACCUGUACAUCGGCAUCCCCGUCCCCUCCAAAAAAAAAGAAACCAAUUACAAGUCUUAUAAAUAAAUAGACAAGCAAACAAAAGAGUAUGCUAGUAAGGGCUUACAAUUCUUAUAAAGACUUAAAAACUCUCCAUAUACAGCAGGUUAUAAAACAAAGAUAUAGCCAACUCAAAUUACAUCACUUCUCGUUUUUAAGUCAACUGAACCUGAAAUGUUGUCCUACCUUGAUCUAAUAUAAUGUCUGCUUACAGAUACCACUUCAUGUGUCCAGUUUGUCUUCAAACUGCUAGAGAACCGCCAUACCCUUCGUGGUAGAACCUUUGUAGAGGUGUCCUCUUUAUGUUUAUGUGUGUGUUCUCACAUAGAUUUUCUCCAUUGAGACACUGACAUGCUAGCAAUGAAGUGAUUGUUAUAUAUUUACUUCUCCAGAUCUAUGUCCUAAGCGACGCUAUCUUAGUGUUCCUGGAUGACGUUAUUGCAUUGCCUUCAUUUGCCAACUCUUGCUUGUGCUGUGAAAUUCCAGCGCAUGCCCAUUUUGUAGACAUUGGCAUUCGUUUUUGUCAGAAUUUCUGCUAUUAGCCCAUUUGUUCGGAAGACGAAUAAAUAGAACUUAAAGCAAAUUAACUGAAGACCAAAUUGCUUCUUGGGCGAAAUUUUGGCCUAGUUUGUUACAAGGAGGGACUACCGGGUGGGGGCCUUGAAUAACAAUGGGGGAUCUAUUGUCCCCAUUAGCCCCUUGGCGGUGGGUAGGGGCCCUAAACAAUAAUGGGGGUCCUAUUGUCUUAGCCACCCACUGGCGGCAGGUUGGUCAUAAAAGAUAAUAUGAUGGGACCUAUUGUCCCAUCCCCUAGUCGCCACCCAAUGGCGGUGCAUGUAGAAUGAAGAAAUAUAAAAAAGAGUAGGAAAGCUGAAGAGAAGGUGAUUGGGAAACUGUAAGUAUGGCGUGACAGUGCCGCUUUAAGGAUGACUGGACUACAAUGGACACUGACCCAGGCUCCUGGCACUUCACCAACCUAUUUAAAUUCAAAAGGCACAUUGUAGGAGCUUAAAACAGGUGCCUACUCUGCCUAAUUGGAAAGCUGUUCCUGUCUCCAUCACUGAGUUAAUUUUAAUCAGAAAAAAAUUAUAUUGUGUAUGUGUCUGUGUGUAAUUAGAAUAAUCGAGACUGAAAGUCUCAAUGUAAUUUCCUGAUUUUAUAUUAUUAAUCUUUGUUUGUUUUGUUUUAGAAACCUGCAGAAAGCACACCAAAUAUAAAUGGAGAUGGUACCGGAGCCCCCAAGCUCACCAGUGAAAUGUCUGAGGGAAGCAACUUGAUGACUGAACUUCUAAAUGAUAUCCCUUUCAUUUUGGCGCCUCAUGUCCAGGAAGUACAGAACAUUUGUAGCGAGCUUCCUGAAAGGGUUCCAGUAUACAAUCUGGAAGAGAACUUUGCAAGAUUUCACUAUGACUUUACCUUAGAAAACUCUGUGCUUUGUGGUAUUUAAUUGAUUGCAUGUCCUAUGUUGUUUAAACCUUCUCUUCACCCUAGACAGUUUGAAUUAAAAGUGGCAUAAAUAGCAACAAAAACUCAUGUUUCCAAAGAGACAUAUAUACUAAGUAAUUAAAGGCAUGAUUACUUUAAAGGGGAAGAAUCGCAAUCUGGGUUAUUUGCUAAAGUGACAUUUCAAAGUGAAUUACACAUUUUUGUUUUAAAUAUGUUUAUUGUCAGCAAUAUAAACACGGGUGUUGAACUUGGUAACAUUCAUGCAUAUAAUUGCCUACGCAGAGGCGUGCACGUUGAAAGUGUAUAUAAUGUGAGGCCGACAUAUUCCAGUUAACUCAGAGUAACACAUAGUUGCCUGCGCAGAGGCGUAUAGGUCAAUAUAGACAUGCAAUGACAAAUAUUAGACAUUUAUAAGCCUUGCAGGGCUAGACAUGCAAAAGGUGGUGAGCUUGCUUGGUAUUGCGUUGUUAGGGCGUUUUCGUCAGGUAUGUGGUGGCUAUUUGGGGUGGCAGUUAGUAUCAUGUGUUCAGCUAUCGGCUCAUUAAAUGGUGUUAGUGUGGUUCGUUAAUGAUACACUGUAUUCUUCUGAGAUGCCAGUGAUUGCGUAUUUAUCCCUGUUGCCGUAGACUGCAGUGAAGGCCCAUCUUGCGAAAGUGAGUUGGUGUUUACGCGUUCUGAUCUUUUGUCUGUAGCCCUGAGUUCUAGUGUGUCUCGUGGCUACCCGCUCGUGCAUAUUGGGGUUGUAUUUGUUUUGUGUGUUUCGUGUCCUUCCCCUCUACUGGUGAUGGUGAAACCUUCUGCG